AUGGCGGAGGAGGGCUGCUCCUGCCUUAACACCAACUGUCUGGAGCGGCCGCUGAGGCGGCUCUUCCGAGGGCUGGGGAGCGGCGUGGCCGCCUGCCCCUGGCCCUUCGUGCUGGUGCCGCUGCUGCUCUCCGGCGGGCUGGGCGCCGGCUUCUUCUUCCUGCCGCAACGCGAGGCCAACGACAUCGAGGAGCAGUUCACCCCGACGUGGGGUCCCGCCAAGGCCGACCGCGACUUCGUGCGGCGGCACUUCCCCACCAACGACUCGGAGCGCUUCUCCGCCCAGCGGAUGCCCACCGAGGGCGCCUACGCCGCCCUCAUCGCCGUGGCGACGGAGGGCUCGAUCCUGGACCGGGCGGCGGGGCGGGACCUGCAGCGGCUGGACGCGGCGGUGCGCACCCGCGAUUUCGACAAGCUCUGCGUCCGCAGCGACGGAGGCUGCGCCGACCCCUGCCCCAAACCUCUGCUGCCGCUGCUAAACAGUACCGCCGCCCUGGGGAACCUCUUCUUUCCCGUCACCAACGGCACCUUCCUGGGGGCCGCGCUGGGCGGCGUGCGGACGGACCCCGACGGGCGGGUCCUGUCGGCGCAGGCCCUGAAGCUGAUGUAUUACCUGCGGGAGGACGGCUCCGCGGCGGCGGAGAGCCGGCAGUGGCUGGAAGGGUUCCUGCGGGACAUCCCGUCGAAGCUGGAGGCGUUGACCGCCAUUAAGGUGACUUACUUCACCUCGCUGUCCAGACAACAGGAGUUUGAAGGAAAUACCCACAGCGUGAUCCCACUCUUCUCCGUAACAUAUUUCUUGACAAUAACUUUCUCAAUCGUCUCUUGCCUAAGGCUCAGCUGCAUAAGAAAUAAUGUCUGGCUUGCCUGCUGUGGCGUGGUUUCUGCCGGUUUAGCUGUAUUAAGCAGCUUUGGAUUGCUGCUCUUCUGUGGAGUCCCGUUUGUGGUCACUGUACAAAGUGCACCGUUUCUUAUUCUAGGAGUUGGUGUUGAUGACAUGUUCAUCAUGAUUGCUGCUUGGGAACAAAGUUCAAGAAAAAAAGAGAAAUCCGAUGUUAGGUCUCGGUUGGCCGAGACUUAUGCAGAAGCAGCACUUUCUGUGACCAUCACCACUCUCACUGAUGUUUUGGCCUUCUUCAUUGGCACCUGGACUGCUUUUCCAUCCGUGAGAUCAUUUUGCCUCUAUACAGGCACAGCUUUUGUCUUCUGCUAUAUAUAUAUCCUGACCUUCUUUGGGGGAAUUAUUGUAUUGAAUCAUAGAAGGGAGCAAGGAAACCGACACUGGCUAACGUGUAUGCCUGUGCAGGUAGGUAAAGGUCAGGCUGAGAAGUCCUGCUUGUACAAUGCUUGCUGUAUCUGCAGCUGUUCUGGGGAGUCAUCUUCGUCAGAAAGUGAACAUCCAAUGAGCACAUUCUUUAAAAAGUAUUAUGGUCCUUUCUUCACAAAUACGUGGAUCAAGCUACUUGUGGUGUUGCUGUAUGGAGCAUAUUUGGGUGGAAGCAUUUAUGGAUGUAUUCAGAUAAGAGAAGGCAUCGAUCUUCGAAAUCUGGCCAGUGAUGACUCUUAUGUUAUUCCAUUCUAUGAUGACGACGACAAAUACUUCUCAACAUACGGACCCAGGGUCAUGGUUGUCGUUACUGAAAGCGUAGAUUACUGGAAUGAGACUGUUCGUCUUGGCAUUGAGAACUGCACACAGAAUUUAGAGGCCAUUUCCUAUGUCGAUAAGAACUUCUCGGAGUCAUGGCUAAGAGUAUACACAAAUCUUGCUGCAAAUUUUUCGAUAAACAUAAACGAUAAGACUCUUUUCAUUAAUAACUUAUCUGUGCUGUUCAAAAAUGCUCCCAAUUUUGAGUGGGACAUUAACAAGACCCAGGAUAAAAUAGAAGCUUCACGUUUCUUCAUCCAGACGGUGAACGUGACCUCAACUGUUGAUGAGAAGAAUCUUCUCAAUCAGUUAAGAGAGACAGCCAAGCAGUGCAGUAUCCCAUUAAUGGUGUAUCACCCAGCAUUCAUCUACUACGAUCAGUACCUGGUAAUAGUGCAGAACACCGUUCAAAACGUCAUCAUUGCUGCUGGGGCAAUGCUCGUCAUCUCCCUUUUGCUUAUUCCCAACCCUCUGUGUUGCGUGUGGGUGACUUUUGCUAUAGCUUCUGUUAUAGUUGGUGUUGCUGGUUUCAUGACCUUUUGGGACGUCAACCUUGAUUCCAUAUCCAUGAUCAACCUGGUCAUCUGUAUAGGGUUUUCAGUAGAUUUUUCUGCUCAUAUUUCCUAUGCCUUUGUUACGAGUGGAGAAUCAUCAGCCAAUAAAAGGGCAAUCGAAGCUCUGUCCAUCCUAGGUUACCCAGUGUUACAAGGUGCAGUUUCUACUAUAUUGGGAGUCUUUGUGCUGGCUUUUGCAAAAACCUACAUCUUUAGGACAUUUUUCAAGAUCUUGUUCCUUGUUAUUUUGUUUGGGGGUCUUCACGGUCUUGUUUUUAUUCCGGUGUUUCUAACCUUUUUUGGAAACUUUGGCAGAUCACCCCACAAUACCAAAUCUGAAAAGCCAGAGUAUAGGUUUAGAUGUGAUAAAGACUGUCCAUGAUUUAGUUUAAUGUUUAUUUAUUAUAUGUAGAUUAAAAUGCAGUGCAUUUCAGGUAAUGUAAGAAAUGAAGAAAACGAAGGGCAGAAAAAUAAAUACAACAGGGAAGCAAAGGCUUCUGUAAAGCCAGAAAAGAAAAAUAACAGAAGAAGAAAUGAAAAUGUACAGAAUGGAUUUGCAUUGCUCAUUUUUGUUUGUGCUCGACUAGAACUUGAAUGCUGUUAACCCUUUUUUUUUGUGACUUUCU